GGCAUCCUAAUUUUUUCUCUUCAAGAGAGGAACGAUGGCUUCAUUACUAAGACGAGUAUAUAGACAACCUCAGCUCUUCCGCUCAUUCAGUACAACUGCCACACCUGCCUCUUCACAUGGCUUGAACCGAUUAAAGGAAUACUAUGAUAGCACUGUUGCCGAAGACCUCAUGGUCUUGGGCUACGAUCACAGUCGUGUUGCACCUUCUACUUCUAAAUAUCUCGACAUUGAAGCUAAAAUUCAACACAUUUUACAACAAGAAGGCCCUGAACCAACAAAGGAACCCACAGAAUAUGUUCACCGUACUCGAAAGGGUGGUAAGCCAGUCAAACCCAUUCAACCCUUAAAGAACGGUCAAAUCAUUCCCAAGUUGGACAAAAUCACACUUCAUGCCAUGGUCAAAGAAUCGAUUCACAACAAAAGUAAUCUAUUAAGUGCAUUGAUGGCUUUCCAAAGCAUCACCGGUUGUCGACCAGAAGUUGUCUAUGCCAAGAAAUCAGUAGCUAAUUGGAAAUUACGUGAGGGCAUGCCUAUAGGUGUUAAAGUGACAUUAAAGGGAGAGGAAAUGUAUCAAUUCAUGGAUAAAUUGAUCGAAAUUGUGCUUCCACGUCUUAAAGAAUGGCCAGGUUUGUCCAUUACGGCCGGUGACGGUAAUGGUAAUAUUGCCCUUGGUUUUCCACCUUCAGCACUUGCCUUAUUCCCUGAAAUCGAAGGUUCAUUUGAUGUGUAUCCAAAGAUGACUGGGUUCGAUGUAAUUUUUAAUACCACGGCUUAUACAAAUACAGACGGCCGUUUGCUACUUUCCGCAUUUUCUGUACCAUUUAGCAAGAGGAAAUAAUAAAAAUAAAAUAAAUAUAGAUUUUAUGUACAUUAAACAAAUGUGUUCUAGCCACCUUUUGUGUUUUCAAGGACAAGCUAUACUUCUUUCAACUUUUGUUACAAUCACUAGUAGUCCAUAUCAAAUAAGCAUUCGCUAGAUCACUUGCAUUGAUAACCGUCAGAUAUGACUAAUGAGUUCAUAACACUAGGUUAAACAAACAAAUAAACAAACAGACCAGUAAGGCUCAAUAGAGUCGUGUGCAUCUUACUUCCAAAGGCAAAGUAAGCACAUUAAUAUCCGAAGCUCCCUCCUUUUAAUGUGAAGUACUUCCUUUUUUGUUGUAC